AUGGUGGCCCAAACAAACCCUCCAUCUAGCACCUUGCUUGAUCCGACCCCCAUUCUCGACCCUCGGCAGCAGUCACUGAGCGAUGCCAACACGGCCAUAUCCUCCAUCGGCCCGUCCAUCAACACCAGCGAGACGACCGACGCAGACCUGAAGCUGGCCCUCGCGCCAGACCCGGGCACCGAAGCCGACUUCGAGGUGGCCAACAACCCCUUCGACUACAGCCCCGGCCAGCUCAACAAACUAUUCAACCCCAAGUCCAUAGACGCGCUUAGGGCAUUGGGCGGUCUUGAAGGACUCGUUCGCGGUCUUCAUACCGACAUCCAUGCCGGUCUAAGCGUGGACGAGACGGGUAUCGGGAACGCUCACCAAGCCGCUGGCGAUGGCUUCGUCGCGGCCGACCGCAUCCGCGUGUACGGGCGCAACCAGCUCCCGCCCAAGAAGCCAAAGUCCAUCUGGCGCCUCGCCUGGAUCACCUUCCAGGAAGCCGUGCUGAUCCUGCUGACCGUGGCCGGCACCAUCUCGCUCGCCCUGGGCCUGUACCAGACCUUCGGCGCCCCCCGGGAGCCCGGUGCUCCUACGCCCGUCGACUGGGUUGAGGGCGUGGCUAUUCUCGCCGCCGUUCUCAUCGUCGUGGUGGUUGCUUCGCAUAACGACUGGCAGAAGGAAAAGGCCUUUGUCAAGCUCAACACCAAGAAGGAUGACAGACAGGUCAAGGUGCUGCGGUCCGGCAGGGAGAUGCUCAUCCAUAUUAACCAGGUUCUCGUCGGGGAUGUUAUGUACCUUGAGCCCGGCGACAUGGUGCCUGUGGAUGGCAUUUUCAUCGAUGGGCACAAUGUCAAGUGCGACGAAUCGUCUGCCACGGGUGAAUCAGAUGCGUUGAAGAAGACGUCUGGCAUAAACAUGUUUGACGAGGCGGACUUGGACAAGGCAAAGAAGUUUGACCCGUUCAUCAUCUCUGGCUCGCGGGUUCUCGAAGGCAUGGGAACAUUCCUCUGCACCUCAGUCGGCGUCCACAGCAGCUUCGGCAAGAUCAUGAUGUCCGUCCGCACCGACAUCGAAUCGACGCCCCUGCAGAAGAAACUCGAAGGUCUCGCCGUGGCCAUCGCCAAGCUCGGCGGCGGCGCGUCCCUGCUCAUGUUCUUCAUCCUGCUCUUCCGCUUCUGCGCCAACCUCGCGGGCGACGACCGGUCGUCGGCAGACAAGGCGGGCACGUUUGUCGAUCUUCUGGUCGUGGCCAUCGCCAUCAUUGCUGUCGCUGUGCCCGAGGGCCUGCCGCUUGCCGUCACGCUUGCGCUGGCUUUUGCUACGACGAGGCUUCUCAAGGAGAAUAACCUCGUUCGAGUACUCAGGGCUUGCGAGACCAUGGGCAACGCGACGUGUAUUUGCUCAGAUAAGACGGGGACUUUGACUGCAAACAAAAUGACAGUCGUCGCGGGCUUGUUCGGGGCUUCCAGCUUCACCUCGGACGUCUCGGCCUGGGCCUCGUCCUUGUCCCAGCACGUCAAGCAGCUCAUCGUGCAAUCCGUCGCCGUCAACUCGACCGCCUUCGAGGGCGACCAGGACGGCGUAGCCACCUUUAUCGGCUCCAAGACGGAAACCGCGCUGCUGGAGUUCGCCAAGGACCAUCUCGGCAUGCAAGUUCUGUCUGAAGCCAGGGCCAACGAGGACAUUGUCCACAUGGUGCCGUUCGACUCGGCCAACAAGUACAUGGCGGCUGUGAUCAAGGGGCCGUGGGGAUAUAGGCUGCUGAUCAAGGGCGCCUCCGAGAUCGUCCUCGGCUUCUGCUCUUCCCAGAUCAACGCCUCGUCAACGGGCACUGAUCCCGUCGACCGCAAAGCCGUAGAGGACACCAUCGCCGCGUACGCGCACAAGUCCCUCCGCACCAUCGGCCUGGUGUACAAAGACUUUGACCACGACCCCGACCUGGACAUUGCGUCUUUCGUCGACAUGGUCCUCCUCGGCGUCGUCGGCAUCCAAGACCCCGUCCGUCCCGGCGUCCCCGAAGCCGUGCAGAAUGCCGUGCGCGCCGGCGUCACGACGCGUAUGGUAACGGGCGACAACGUCAUCACGGCCCGAGCCAUCGCCACCGAGUGCGGCAUCUUCACCGACGGCAUCGUCAUGGAAGGCCCCGAGUUUCGCCGUUUGUCUGAGGAGCAACUUGAUGAGAUCCUUCCAAGGCUGCAGGUCCUUGCUCGUUCGUCGCCAGAGGACAAGCGUAUCCUGGUUGCCCGUCUCAAGGCCCUCGGCGAGACGGUGGCUGUCACUGGCGACGGGACUAAUGAUGCGCCGGCCUUGAAAGCUGCCGACGUUGGCUUCUCCAUGGGCAUUUCAGGCACCGAAGUAGCCAAAGAGGCGUCUGAGAUUAUCCUCAUGGACGAUAACUUCACCUCCAUCGUCACGGCGCUCAAGUGGGGACGAGCCGUCAACGACGCGGUGCAAAAGUUCCUCCAAUUCCAAAUCACCGUCAACAUCACCGCCGUUCUCCUCUCCUUCGUCACGUCCAUGUACGACGAAGACUUGGAACCUGUGCUCAAGGCUGUACCACUUCUCUGGAUCAAUUUGAUUAUGGAUACCAUGGCUGCUCUCGCCUUGGCCACGGAUCCUCCCACAGACGCCAUCCUCGACCGACCACCUCAGCCAAAGUCGGCGCCGCUCAUCACCAUGAAUAUGUGGAAAAUGAUCAUCGGCCAAUCCAUUUUCCAGCUCACCGUCGUCCUCAUCCUCUACUUCGUCGGCGCCGACAUCCUCAACUACGACCUCACCAUCAAGGACGAAGAACUCCAGCUCGACACAAUCAUCUUCAACGUCUUCGUGUGGAUGCAAAUCUUCAACGAGCUCAACUGCCGCCGUCUCGACAACAAGUUCAACGUCUUCGCCGGCGUGCACCGCAACUGGUUCUUCAUCUUCAUCAACCUCAUCAUGAUCGGCCUGCAGAUUGCCAUUGUCUUCAUCGGCGGCCGCGUCUUUGAUAUCCACCCCGAUGGGCUGGACGGGCCGCAGUGGGCGAUAUCUAUUGUUAUUGCGGCGUUUAGUCUGCCGUGGGGGAUUGUUGUGCGUAUAUUUCCUGAUGCGUGGUUUGAGAGUGUUGUGCAUUUUGUGGCGCCGCCUUUUGUUGUCUCGUACAGGUUCAUGGCGAAGGGAUUUGGUAAGUUUGGCGCGUUGUUUAAGAGGAGAAAAAGUUCGGAUGCGGAGAAGCAGUCGGAUUCUGAAAAGUAGAAAAUUAAAGUGAGGAGAAGAUCGAGUAUUAG